AUGGCGAUCGCAGUGUCUUCCUGGCUUCAGAACAAUUACGAAACCAAUCUCGCGGAGCUCCCGACCAAGAACUACAGUCCCACGGUUGUCAUGAUCAUUGCCAGUUCUGUCACCGAACCGAUAAAAGACGCCCCGCAAGACAAUCUUGACGGUCCAAUUACACUCGAAUUCCACUUGCAAGUCUAUCUCUGUGCGACUGAGAUGGGCAUGGACGUCCUCCAAAGCUUUGCUUUCAAGUUCAUGAGAGCAGCCCUUGCCAGAGAAGGACUCACAGUGCAACAGCUCAAGAACUUGGUCGAGCAUCACAAGAUCUUCACCCUGGAUUUCUGCAACAAGGCACUGUCGGUGCCACAGUAUCAGAAGGUCAUGUGCGCCUUCGCUACUCAUAUUGUUGCGCAUCGAGAAGACUUCGAUGGGAAUCCUGUAUAUGGAACUCUGAUGGUUACUACCGAGGGAUAUCUGCCGAGUUACCUCAACAUCAUACAUAGCAAAGUUAGAUCUGUCAUAGAGGAAAUCAAGGGGUUCGAUGACGCGGAGACCUUCGAGGCGUAG